AUGUCCGACCUGGAAGCGGCCUUGGAGUCCUUGCAACUGGCCACGUUCCUGCCGAAAUUGCGCCAGCUGGGUGUAGACAACCUCAGUCAGGUGGCGGACCUUCUCACUUCAGAUCUGGCAGAAGUGGGUUUAACUCGAGUCCAGACCCGGCAGUUACAAAAACUCGCACGGGAGAGAGGAGUCGGAGUGAAUUCCGACCCGAAGGAGAGCCCCAACAGUAGCGAUGACACACCUGGAGCUCCAGAGCUUCCCUUUCGCCCAGCUCCUCGGGCACAAGGCCCCUUUCAGAUGUCACCGCGUGGAAGGCCUUCAGACGCCGAGGAUGCAAAUGAGGCUCAGGAAGUCCACAUUUACAAACCUGCACUGGAAGGGUCCCCACAGAUGACUGAGAUGAAUGCACAAGAGAAGCUGCUUUUGAAGCAGCUGGGUCAAAGGUUUCAGCUGGCCUCAGAGCGCAAAGCCGCGGCCAUCGUUUGGGAUGCACCUGCCAUGAGACACUUGAAUGGCGAGGCUUUGGAGAUCUUGGAUCCGGAACAUGAGCUUUCCGAGGGUCUCAGUGCCAAUCCACUCGCUUCAACCUCUGCAGUUGUACCAAUUGUGCCCAACUCGCCUGAAGAGGUACCAGCCACAUUCUAUCGACUCGACUUUGGUGAUUCCCCAUCGGUUCAGCAACAAAUGCCAGAGGCCUUGCGGAAGCGCCUCGAGAAUCGCAAGGAACAACGAGAGAGAGAGCAGAAGAAGUCCGAGAAGGUGGACAAGAAGACUGAAAGCGCCAGCGGCAGCACCCCCUCAGGGCGUCGACCACGUCCGGGCGAAGAGGCCAUCGUGCCGCUGGUGCCGACGUUACCCCUGGAGACUUCACCCACAAAGCGCAGCAGCAGCAUUGGGGGCACGAGCCGGCGUGCAAGCUACCGGGAAGACAAGCACGAGCGUCACGAGAAGAAAUCCAAAGAGAAGAGCGAGGAAGGUGGACGGCAAAUGUUCGACAAGAACACCUUGCGAAUGAUGCAUCGAGAACUUUUUCAGGGAGCCAUUGGACGCUAUCAGCAGCGGAUGCUCCAGUGGGUGGACAGAGGCCCAAGCGCCCUCACCGCGAGAACGCCACGGCGUCGUGCAAGAUCAGUGCAGGUCUUUGUGCGCGUGAGACCCAUUUUCGAUAGAGACAUGGAGAAGGGGGACUUUGAUGUGAUCUCAGUGGUCCCUGGGCACUUGGUCUUGCACAGCUGCCACUUCGAGGCGGACCUCAAGUCCCCCUUCAUCAGCCACCACUCCUUUCAGUUUGACCACGUGUUCGGGCACACAGCCAGCAACAAGCGAGUCUACAAACACGCGGCCGCGGAAAUCGUGCAAGUCGCAUGCGAGGGCGGCAUCGGCACCAUUUUUAUGUUUGGACAAACUGGCAGCGGCAAGACGCAUACGAUGUGUGCCAUUGAAGAGAUGGCCACGCUCGAGGUCUUUGCCAACAUCUCUCCAGAGGAUAGUGAUGACCCUGUGAUUGGAAUCCAAUUUCUGGAGCUACGGGGCGACAAGUGCUUCGACCUCCUUGCAAAUACGAAAGGCCGAGAUUUUCCGGAGCUCCGCCUCCGCGAGCACGGUGGCACCUAUCGAGCCGAAGGUGCUAUGGAGCUCUAUCCUCGAGACAACGAAGACAUGCGCGUGGUGCUUGAAACGGGGCAUGCGAGGCGAAAAACCUCAGCAACCGGAGCCAAUGCCGUCAGCUCCCGCAGCCAUGCUGUUUGCAUCAUUCGCCUCUUUCAAACUGCGGGCAUGCUGGUCUUAGUCGACUGUGCUGGCAGUGAGCGGAAGAAGGACUCAAUGUACCACACCAAGGAGAGACAGCAGGAGAGCGCUGAAAUUAAUACCUCGCUUUCAUCCCUCAAAGAUUGUAUUCGGGCACUCUCCUCUCAACAGAAGGUGCCGUCGCACGUUUAUCGAACCUCUUCCUUGACCAAAGUUCUGGCUGAUGCUUUCAUUUGUGGUGACAGAGGGAGGCUGGCUGUGAUCUGCACUGCCUCCCCUUGCGCCACAGACACGGAGCAUAGCAUCAGUACCUUGCGAUUGGGUGCUGCCUUGGCGGGCUUCAGCGAUACCGAAGAGAAGGAGCCACUGGUUGACCUUCUCCGGGAGCAUCGUGGUCAGCCUGAAGUCCACCCGAGCCAAUGGAAUCCGGAACAGGUGAGGGCCUGGAUUGCAGAACUGAAGGGUGACUUUGCGGAGGUGCUGAAUGGCCUGCCAAGCAACACGACUGGGCAGAUGCUGGUUCGCUUCACCGAAUCCCGAUGUGUGCAACUGU